CCGGCCGAGUGCGGAGCCAGCGCCGCUCCUGCAGGAGCUGGAAGGCGACUCUGCCAGAGACCAAGACUAGGCCACGAUGGCGUCCGUGUUUCGAAGUGAGGAGAUGUGUUUGUCACAGCUGUUUCUGCAGGUGGAGGCUGCGUAUUGCUGUGUAGCUGAGCUCGGAGAGCUCGGAUUGGUUCAGUUCAAAGAUUUAAAUGCAAACGUGAAUAGCUUCCAAAGGAAAUUUGUGAAUGAAGUCAGAAGGUGUGAGUCACUGGAGAGAAUCCUCCGUUUUCUGGAAGAUGAGAUUAAAAAUGAGAUUGCGGUUCAAUUACCUGAGAAGUACCCACCGACGCCUCUCCCACGGGAAAUGAUCACCCUGGAGACUAUUCUGGAAAAACUGGAAGGAGAGUUACAGGAAGCCAACCAGAACCAACAAGCUUUGAAGAAAAGCUUCCUAGAGCUGACAGAACUCAAAUACCUCCUGAAGAAAACCCAGGAUUUCUUUGAGACGGAAACGAAUUUAGCUGACGAUUUCUUUACUGAAGACACUUCUGGUCUUCUGGAGUUGAAAGCUGUGCCUGCGUACAUGUCUGGAAAGUUGGGGUUCACAGCCGGUGUGAUAAACAGGGAGAGGAUGGCUUCCUUUGAACGGCUGAUGUGGCGAGUUUGCCGAGGAAACGUCUACUUGAAGUUCAGUGAGAUGGACACAGCUCUGGAGGAUCCCGUCACGAAAGAAGAAAUUAAAAAGAAUAUAUUCAUCAUAUUUUAUCAAGGAGAGCAGCUCAGGCAGAAAAUCAAGAAGAUCUGUGAUGGGUUUCGAGCCACCGUAUACCCCUGCCCAGAGCCUGCGGCGGAACGCAGAGAGAUGUUGGCUGGUGUCAACAUGCGGCUAGAAGAUUUAAUCACUGUCAUAACACAAACGGAGUCGCAUCGCCAGCGCCUGCUGCAGGAAGCAGCUGCCCACUGGCACACCUGGGUCAGCAAAGUGCAGAAGAUAAAGGCCAUCUACCACAUCCUGAACAUGUGCAACAUUGACGUCACCCAGCAGUGUGUCAUCGCCGAGAUCUGGUUCCCACUGGCAGACACUGGACGCAUCCAGAGGGCAUUGGAGCAAGGCGUGGAACUUAGUGGCUCCUCCAUGGUCCCCAUCAUGACCACAGUGCAAUCUAAGACACCCCCUCCCACGUUUAACAGGACCAAUAAAUUCACAGCUGGCUUCCAGAAUAUUGUUGACGCGUAUGGCGUAGGCAGUUACCGGGAGAUAAACCCAGCUCCCUACACCAUCAUCACCUUCCCCUUCCUGUUCGCUGUGAUGUUCGGGGACUGCGGGCAUGGAAUUGUGAUGCUCCUGGGAGCCCUCUGGAUGGUCCUUAAUGAGCGACGCUUGCUGUCCCAGAAGUCGGACAAUGAGAUCUGGAACACCUUCUUCCACGGGCGCUACCUGAUCUUACUCAUGGGCGUCUUCUCCAUCUACACGGGCCUGAUCUACAACGACUGCUUCUCCAAGUCUUUCAACAUCUUUGGCUCUUCCUGGAGUGUCCAACCCAUGUUCAGAAAUGGCACGUGGAAUACUCAGGUAAUGGAGACAAGUCCAUAUUUACAGCUGGACCCAGCCAUGCCAGGAGUGUAUUCUGGAAAUCCAUACCCAUUUGGGAUUGAUCCGAUCUGGAACUUGGCUUCGAACAAACUCACAUUUUUGAACUCCUAUAAAAUGAAGAUGUCGGUUAUCCUGGGAAUUGUCCAGAUGGUUUUCGGUGUUAUUCUCAGCCUUUUCAAUCACAUAUACUUCAGAAAAACUGUCAACAUCGUUCUGCAAUUUAUCCCUGAGAUGAUUUUUAUCCUGUGUCUGUUUGGAUACCUGGUGUUCAUGAUCGUUUUUAAAUGGUGCCACUAUGACGCCCACGUGUCCCAGCGUGCUCCGAGCAUCCUGGUCCACUUCAUCAACAUGUUUCUGUUUAACUACGAGGACGCUUCGAAUGCAGCGCUCUACAAACACCAGCAAGAAGUCCAAAGUUUCUUUGUCAUUAUGGCUUUGAUUUCUGUGCCAUGGAUGCUUCUGAUUAAGCCAUUUGUUCUUAGAGCCAAUCAUCGGAAAUCCCAGCUGCAGUUAUCCAUGAGCCAAGCAGAUGCUGCGGAAGACAUUGAAGGUCACACCUCUGGCCCUUCCAGCACUUCUGGUCAAAGUACUUCAGCAGGUGCCCACGGGUCCCAGGACGACCACAAGGAAGAGUUCAACUUCGGAGAUGUCUUUGUCCAUCAGGCCAUCCACACCAUCGAGUACUGCCUGGGUUGCAUUUCCAACACAGCCUCCUACCUCCGGCUCUGGGCCCUCAGCCUGGCACACGCACAACUGUCUGAAGUGCUCUGGACCAUGGUGAUGAACAUUGGCCUCCACCUGCGAGGCUGGGGAGGACUCAUUGGGGUUUUUAUCAUUUUUGCCGUAUUUGCUGUUCUGACGGUAGCCAUCCUUCUGAUCAUGGAGGGCCUCUCCGCUUUCCUGCACGCCCUGCGACUGCACUGGGUGGAGUUUCAGAACAAGUUCUACAUUGGGGCUGGUUACAAGUUUUCUCCGUUCUCCUUUAAACACAUCCUGGAUGGGACAGCCGAGGAGUAGGUGCUGUCUGUCCUCCUGCCUGGGCGUCUGCACCAGUAGAAGCUGUCUCGUCUUUGCUG